ACAACAUUGAUUCAACCAGUGUGCCCAGUGGGAGAGGGAGAUGGCAUGGUCUCAUGACGCCCGUAUUGGCAUCACUCCGGUUGGAAAAGAGAGAUGAGAGGAGAGACGCUUCCAUUAUUAGACUGGUGCUCACGGUCACGCUCACUCCUGGAGAUGCGCGCGUUGCUGCGAGACCAACCGAUAAGUUCGAGGAGAGAAUCGGCGAGGCGCUGAACUCAGGAGCACCGCUGCGUGAAGAGAUAGCCUAGCCUUCUGUAGGUUACACUCGGACAUGGAGAGACCGAACUAGGGUCUACGAGCCAGUCAAAGCAAGACUGCGCAUUAUCUGCACUUGGAUAUACCCAACAACGCACCCACACAUUCAUCCCAAACCGAGAUGAGGAACAGCUAAACACCACGAAACUGAAACAACAACUCAACAACUCAAUAUGUAAUUUGGACUGCGCAACUGCGCAACUUGGAGUUAUGUUGGACACGGGUUUGUUUUCAUGAAUUCCAAACUUGUAUCGUUACACUGAGGACGUGCUCACGUUACAACAUAAACGAAUAAGUGCCAUUCAGAGACAAUUUAUUAUUUUAGGAAUCCAUUUUGCUUGAAUAAUGUCCAGGAUUAUGCAGAUGAAGUGAGUGACAUACUUUGGUAACGCGCGCCAGUUAGUCUGUCAAGGCUUGACCAUUUUAUGAGCUAAAUCUGUUCAAACCAAUGUUUUCUUGUCCUUAUAGGAAAACAACUGCAUACCAUUUGAUAUUUAUUAGAAUGAUGAUAGGCUGUUUGUAAGUCAUUUGUCAACUUUAACAUUGCUCAGAUAGCCAUCCCGCUGGGCACACACUGGUUGAAUCAACGUUGUUUGCGCGUAAUUUCAAUGAAAUUAUGAUGAACCAAUGUGGAAUAGACGUUGAAUUGAUAUCUGUGCCCAGUAGGCUGCUGUGUGCAUCUCCAUUUGAGAGACAGCGGGGACUUGAGCACACUAACAUCUGAAGUAGGCUCCCCUGCCCAGUUUGUAACUGGUUCCCAUUCUCUUGUGUUGCCUUGUAUUAUAGGCUGAAAUGAUAUUUUAAGGAUAUUUCUGUGACCACCUGGACAUAACUUUCCGCUUCUUUAAAAUAUUCAAACAAUUAAGCAGCUGUGAGAUUACGAUCAAUUCUGUUUCAUGUACUGGACAACUUUUAAUGGUUUGAACGGAUUUAUUUUCAGACAGCAAAUAUAAUUGCUCUCUCCUUUAUUCUGGCGCGCUCCACGGGCAUAGUUUAUCGUUUGGCUGCUUAGAACGAACUUGGAGGAUGAAACUGGGAGGAGGAGAGGGAAUGAACAGCGAUAACACAACAUUAAUACUUUUAGUUAUAGCCUAAUGUUUUUUUCCUAAACUUUUAGGAUAUAAUUUUAUGUCAGCCAUUCUCAAUAUAAAACAACGUUACCAACAGCAUCUUUAUUACAAUAACAUUUUAUUCUCACAUUAAUCAAGUCCAUCCAUCGUGUUACUCAUGGCUUCACCCUUGAAUAGUGCAUGUUCAGUGGGGCUGGGCGACACUAAUGGUUCGACCAGCGGUUUGUCUCUUCCCUGCAAUCAGAGCGUCUCUUCCCUGCAACUGGCCCCCUACUCCCCCGAAUCCACGGCGCUCUUCGCUACAGCCAUCACCCUCAUGGUGGUCUUCACAAUCGUGGGAAACAUCCUCGUCAUCAUUGCCGUCCUGACCAGCCAUGCACUCCGAGGACCACAGAACCUGUUUUUAGUGUCUCUAGCGGCUGCAGACAUUUUGGUGGCGACCCUCAUCAUCCCAUUCUCCCUAGCCAAUGAACUGCUGGGAUACUGGUACUUCAAGUCUCUGUGGUGUGAGAUCUACCUGGCGCUGGACGUUCUGUUCUGCACUUCCUCUAUAGUUCACCUGUGCGCCAUCUCAUUGGACCGUUACCUGUCCAUCAGCCGGGUUACCUACUCUCGCCAGCGCACACCCAUGCGUAUUAAAGCCUCCAUCGUGGUGGUGUGGCUCAUCUCGGCCAUAAUCUCCUUCCCUCCUCUUCUGUCGCUAAAUAAGAGCGAGCCCGGCGGGGAGGGGAGUGAGAGGGGUCCUCAGUGCCAACUGAACGACGAGCGCUGGUACAUCCUCUACUCCACCGUCGGCUCCUUCUUCGCCCCAUGUCUCAUCAUGAUCCUGGUCUACAUGAGGAUUUACCAGAUCGCCAAGCAGCGCACACAGAACCCGCCAGGCGAGCCCAGGAAAGACGGGGUGGGCUGUGCCACCCCAAGUCAAACCCCUCGGGGGAUCCAAGCCAACGGGAAGGAGGACAGAGGGGAAACCCCAGCUAUGCCCCACAAAACCACCAGCGUCAGACCCCCCACACUGGCUGUUACUCCAUCACCGUCCCCCGACCAGGCCAAUGAGACCCCCUCCCCUCACAUCCCCACCACCCAAAACCUCCUCCAUGCUCCGGUUCUAUCCCUAGCUCCAACCCCAACCACCACCUCCCCUCCUACCUCCCCCCUGGAUCCUUCACCCUCCUUGGUCUCACCGUCUCACUCCCCCACCAUCCCCCCACCAUCCCCGGCCAAACCCAAACAUGGGGAGAAGAAGGUGAAGGGGAAGAAGGGAAAGAAGUAUAACAAUAAUAUGGACUGCUCAAAUAGCUCUGACAGUGACAUGGAGAACGAGGAAGGGGGGAGGACUGGAGUCAACAAUCCUAGCAUGGCUGGUUCAGCCGGCAUCCAUUCUCCAGCCACCAUCCAGAAGUACAGGGACAUAAUCGCCACCUCUAAGGGGGCUCGGCUGGUGGCAGGGAGGAGGUCUAAGCCGGAGAGCACUCCGGGAGCAGCACGUCGUAAAGCCAUGGUGAACAGAGAGAAGCGCUUCACGUUCGUCCUGGCCGUGGUGAUCGGAGUGUUUGUUGUCUGUUGGUUCCCUUUCUUCUUCUCCUACUCGCUGCAGGCCAUCUGUCCUGAGACCUGCUCCCUCCCUGAUCCCCUCUUCAAGUUCUUCUUCUGGAUUGGCUACUGCAACUCCUGUCUGAACCCUGUCAUAUACACCAUCUUUAAUCAGGACUUCAGAAAGGCCUUCAAGAAAAUCCUCUGUAAGAACACCAAGGGCACCUUCUUCUAGACUGAAUGCUCUGUAAGGACAACAAUGGCAACCUUCCUUUAGUAAAGAGGCCUUAAACAGAUGACCUGUAAGGUCAGUCCUUUCUUUUCAGUCCUCUCUAAACUCUUUGAGGUGUAAAAAACAGCACAAAUAUUCUGUAAACAUUCUGACUGAUUUUAGAUUCUAAUUGAUGAUGUUACGAAGGGCUGCCAAUUCUAUAACGCUGAAUCAGAACAGCUGUAGGAUAGCUCACCUUGCAACAGAAAGAAACUUUUAGGGCUCGUUGUUUUAGUCCCUUGGUACGUAGCUGCAGACAUCUAGCCGCGACCUGGAGAACUGUGACUGUCCAUUGCAAGGGCAUUGUCUGGGGAGAGCAUGUGCAAAAUAUGUUACGUGAAUUCUACUCUGGGGGGCUUUAGAAUGAUACUGUGUAAGAAUCCAAGGGCAUGAUCCUGAUCCUUUAGUAAAAGGUAGGAGGUAUGUUCUGAUCUAUGAGCAUUACACAGUAUGUGUAGAGAGUGCGGAAAGGAAGAGAGAAGGAGGAAAAGGAAAAGAAAAUGCCAUUUUGGAUUUUUAGUCACUCGUGACAUAAAGGACAUGUUGCUUGGAAAAUGACAGUGCAACGCUGCUCUCGUCAAAAUAUGACUGACUGACUCACAUUAAGGUUGUCUGGGAAAUCUGUUUGAUUAAAAAUGGAGAAACCUUUGGGUAUAGCAGUACACCACUGCUCACUGAGAACUCCUGAUCAAAACAACAGUCUUGAGCGCUGCCAUUCAAGGACUUUAAAGCGAUGAAGCAAACAAAUAUCCUUUUAUCAGCCGACUGAUAAACAAAAUAGAACAAUGCGAGGAGAUGAUAGGCCAGACCUGUUGGCCUGUUUAAGCACCACCAGAGGCACUUCUCUUUAUCAAAGGGCAGAACCACGAGGAACGCACAAGACCCUGGUCGCCUUUCCACUUACGCCUGCAUAGUUACUUUUAUCCUGCCUCAGGAAUAGCAUGUGUUCCUGUAGAGAUGUUAUCCAUAUGAGAGAGAGAGAGAGAGAGAGAGAGAGAGAGAGAGAGAGAGAGACAACAACAGGACUCUAACUGUUCUUGAGACAACUAACUCCCUCUCAAACUCUGAUGCCCACCACUGCUUUCAUGUGGGGCUUAGGCUAUAUUUUGAAAGACUCUGUGUUUUAAGGUGCAUCUCAAUAGUCUAUUGUGGCUUCCUCUGCUUGUGUCUUUUCCUUCAUCUGCACUGAAAAACAAAGGAUAUAGGUGGAUGCAAUAUGAAGGAUCAGGCAUUUGUUUCCACAUCUCUGUGUCAGUGCAGGUGAACUAAAAGAUGAGGAGAGUAAACAGCAUAACACUAUUGUUAUACACCCCUAUAAGAGAAUUUGAGUUCCAAAUGGCAACCUAUUCGAUAUAUAGUGCACUACUUUUGCCUAGAGCCCAUAGGACUCUAGUCUAAAGUAGUGCACUAUGUAGGGAAUAGGGUGGAUUGUAUCUAAAGUACUAAAGUACGGAAAUGUAUGCACUCACUACUGUAAGAGGCACUUGAUAAGAUCGUCUGCUAAAUGACUAAAAUGUAAAUUUUAUCUGUAUAUUGGGUCUAUAUAGCACAAUUUCAAGCAUAUCACAUUUAUAAGAGGAUAAAUACUUUCCCAAAUCCCUUGACAAGGAACGCAAAUUUGGGACAUUUAAGGAUUUUUUGGAAUGCAGUAUAGUCGUACAUAUUUUUUUUCUUCUAUCAAAGACACUGGACAGUGACUAUCUGGCUUUGUUUGAGUGGAUUCAUCUGACUUCUGCCUGAAAGGACAUUGCUAUUAACGAACACACUGCUCCCCAUUGAACAGAACAGAACAGUAGCUGUCUAUGAGAGGAGGAACUCAGCCACGUUAGCUCUACUGCUGGCCUGACACAAACACUUCAAACGGUCUUAAAAACACUCCAGUUGAUAUUGACUAUAAUACUGAAAGCACAGGUCAUGUUCAUCCUCAGCUACUUCUGGAAGGACAUUCAUCCCAUAAGAUAAUAUAGUACUUUAUUAAGCUCCCAAAUGGCAAAUAUGGGAUGGAUGAAUGAAUGAAUGGUUGAUUGCUUGAUAGAUCAAUGAAUUGAUUGAUUUGGGAAUGUACCUGCACUUGCUGACUGGAAUUCUACCUAGCACAUUCCUUUAUUUCUGAGAGGUACUGCUACUCUUUACAGUUGUUCUUUAUGUAUUUCUCAGAGACUGUCAGGUCAUGAUGCUUUUUGUGUUUCUCCCUCACAGAGGCUAUGUCUGUAACUGUGUAUGCUAUAUAGGUGUUAUGACACUAUGGUACAAGGAAUGUCGGCAACAACACUUCUAAUCUCCCAUUGUCAAUUUUUGCCGACCCUUGUCUAUGUGAGAGAGACUGCAUGAGUGUGUAUUUUCUAGUGAUGCACUUUUAGUGGUACCAGCUGCAAGGGUCUGGUAAACUUAUGUAAAAUGUCUGGGGUACUCAUGGACUGUGCCAAAGCCUCCUCUGGCUGAUAUUGUAUACUGUAGCCCUCCACAUAAUGGUAAGCACAGAAAACUGAUGUAGAUAUAGAGACUCAGGCCAAAGAUCUCUCCCCCUGAGGGACACUAGUCACUAGAUGGCCAUGCUUUGAAAGUACAUUAUCUAUUUGUUCUUCCUUUAGGGUUAUAGUUAGUGUUACGGAUAUGGGUAAGGUCAAAGGCAAGGUUGGGGUUAGUUGCAAUUGCUUUUUGUAGUGAGAAUUGUAUUUUGUGGAACUCCGUUCCGUCCUUUCAAGCAUGGCCGUUUAGUGAUGCCAGCUGACACGGACAGAGCGGGACUCAGAGUGACACUGUCAUGCUCUAAUAAGGGGCUGUGAUUGGAUAAGCUAUAUGUAUUAUUUAUUUAUUUAGGCCAUUUUGAGUUUCCUGUUAGUUUCAUAUUUAUAGUUUUCUUUCUUUCUGACUGUGCUCUCCAAGCAAGGCAAAGUUAAUGUGAACAAAAUACUGUAAAUACUGUAUAAAAUCUGAAUAUGUUGAAUGAGAUUCAUUGAUUUAAAGUCAGCAGAGGAACAGGAUUCAGGAGCAGACGUAUGUUUGCAGGGGUUGGGGUCAUUUCUACUGGAACUCAGUCAAUGCAGAAGAUGAAUGUCAUGAUUUGAAAAAAUAUUCUGAAAUAUUGGUAAAAUCUGGGUCGUGGACUUUAAUUUUCCUGCAGCCUUUUUGUACUUAUUUAUUAUUUUAAACUUGUUUCUUAAACAUUUUCAGUGGUGUUUUGUAAAGACUACCGUGCUGAUGGGUGGUGCUUUAAUAACAGCCUGUGGUUGCAGAACCAUGGAGAUCAGCAAACAACCGCACUCUGUGUUGGCACAAAUCGUUCUGCGACAAUAACAUUUACAUUUUAAAAUGCGAUUGUCAUUGAACUUUUGGUGCUAACAGGGCAGCCAUGAAAACUCAAUGUAUAGUGAAUCAACAUCCCCAUCAUCAUUCUCCCUACUCUUCUGACCUGCCUGGACUCUUUUUCUCCCCCUGCUGUGUUUGACCCUGGCCUUUCUCCCUCUCCCUCCAUUUGGAAAUAAAGCAGUUUAAUAAGCA